AUGCCGCCCCGGAUAGCCGCCCCUCAGGGGCUGCGCACCCUUACACUAUGUCUCCGUCCGGCCCCGAUUACGACUCCGGCUGCCACUUUGCUGCUGCCGCGCACACAGACUGCCAACAUCUCUAUGAGGGAGAAGAAGCGGCGGAUGAAGCAGGAUCCUUGGGGCUGGGCUCAGGCUCAGGCUCGCAAGAACGCUCACCUCGAGAAGCGGGCCAAGAUCGAGGAACAGCGCCAGGCCGAACUGGGCGAUCCCGUCCACGGCAUUACCACUCCUUUCGUUGAGUCGUUCGACACAGCCGGCCAGGAGCCGGUCUCGUCAACGACCGGCCAACCUCUCCCCACAUCGCCCCACAUCAAGAAUUACCUGUUGUCGCAGGAAGAGGUCGAGAAGGCGAUCGAGUACUCUCAGAAGGUGACGGCGCCUCUAGUCGGCCAGGAGAAUGCGGUUUCGGACCCGACGAUGGAGAAGGAGGCUUUGGAGGAGCAUCAGAAGAAGCAUGAGAAGGCCAUGAUCGCGCUACAGCGCAUUACCGAUUUGAAGAACGGCAGCGCCAAGGAUCGCAAGCACGCAAACAUCCGCCGGUGUAUUGAGACCUUUGGCAGGCAUGUUACCGACAAGUUCCUGCAGCCAGCACCGCGUGGGCCUGCUCAGGGAGAGCCCAAGCCAAAGCCACCACGGGCUGGUCCGGAUACGGGUAGCAGCGAGGUGCAGAUUGCCAUCUUGACUGCCAAGAUCCGCGCGCUGGCUAAGGCCCUUGAGGGUUACAAGGGCUACAAGGAUAAGAACAACAAGAGGAGUCUGCGGAAGCUGCUCCACAAGCGUCAGCGGCUAUUGCGUUAUAUGGAGAGGAAGGAGAGAGGAAGCGAGAGGUGGCAGUAUAUGGUCAAGAUGCUGGGCAUCACGCCCGCUUGCUACAAGGGCCAGAUCUCGAUCUGA